UCUCUUAUACCUAACAAUUUCAGUGCUUUCUCUUUACAAAUAAGAGAUAUUUGGGGUUUCUAUAUGAUGUAAUCCUCUGGGAACUCUCCCACAUCAGUUACCAAUGAUGUCAAUGCUAAACAGGAAGAUAUAAUUUUUGUUGUCAAAAUGGUAAAAUUUCAUGUUGCAAAAAUGAGUACACCCUCCUGAAAGUUACAAAAUAAAACUUAAUAGGAUGUUUUUGGUGCUCGUUAAGGGCACCUGACUCACCAGGUGAGUCUGUUGAACCAUCCCACUCAAACAGGUGUAAUUGGUUGAUGGUUUAAGUGGUACCUUACCCACUGAAUUGCUUUCAGACUUAAUGCUGACAACAAUGGCACAAUAUAGGAUUGGAAUUUUCUGGAGAUUUGAGAAACAAAAUUAUUUCAUUGCACAGAAAAGGGCAAGAGUACAAGAGGAUUAGCAGAUCAUUGUUAGUAAGUCAGGACACAGUAGCAAAAGUGAUACAGAAAUUCAAAAAGGAUGGAAACGUCCUGGUCAUCGUCAUAAGGUUUCACCUCAGGAUGAGCGAGUUUUGUUGAAAAAAGUGCAAGAGAAUUGGCAAGCAAGUGCCUCAGACCUGGCAAAAGCUAUGGAAAGCCAAACUGGAGUGACUGUUUCAUCUCACACAGUAAGACACACCCUACACAUAAGUGGAAUGAAUGGCUGUCGUGCACACAGAAAGCCACUGCUGAACCCAAAGCACAAGAAAGCCCGUUUAGCCUUUGCCAAGGCCCAUAGUGACAAAGGUGGAGACUUUUGGGAAUCUAUACUCUGGUUUGAUGAGACCAAAGCUUUUUGGAUCUGAUGGCAUCCAAAAUGGCAUCGCAAGGGGGAGGAGUAUGGUGAGAAGUGCAUGGUUCCAGCAGUGAAGUAUGGCAGUGGUAAAAGUCUUAUAUAGGGAUGUAUGAGUGCUGAAGGUGUAAGGGAGUUGUAGUAUAUUGAUGGGAUCAUAAAUUCACAGAUGUACUGCAAAAAUCCUGAAAGAGAAGAUGCUACCCUCUCUCCACGCUCUGGGUCGACGGGCACUUUUUCAACAUGACCAUGACCCUAAACAUUCUUCCAAGGCCACUGCUGCAUUCUUAAGGAAGAACAAGGUGAAAGUGCUGCAGUGGCCAAGUAUGUCGCCAGACCUCAACACUAUUGAGCAUCUGUGUGGAAUUUUGAAGAGACAAGUGGAGCAGCACUGCCCCUCAAACAUCGAGACUCUCAAGGAGAUCAUCCUCCAGGAGUGGAAGAGGACAGACAGGAUAAUCUGUUGUGAACUUGUACACUCAAUGCCAAGAAGGGUCAGUGCAGUUCUUAAAAGUAAGGGAGGACAUACUAAGCACUAAAAUAAUACAAUGGUGUACUCAUCUUUGCAACCCUAGAUUUAAGCAAAGCUGCCUAAUUUACUUAUUUCUUAGAUAUUGAUGACAUUAUAAUGUAUAAUAAUAAUUGCAUAACAAUUCAAACGAGACUUGCUUGUUGUUUAGCAUAAUUAUUGCAGAAAACUGCAUAGAUUUUGUGGCCCCUACUGGUCUAAUAGAGCAAAGUACAGUAUUUUGUGGUAUUGCAAGUCAGCUUUUUUGUCUAUUCAUUGUUUUUCUCGUGCCACAGAAUUAUUUUUGCAGUAAAAAUCUUAAAAUAUCUUCAUUUGGGGGCUUUUCCAAACAAAUACCAAUAUUUGAUUAUUUAUGAAUAAAUCAGCAUACAUACUUCUACCACCUUUUAAAGUCUCCAUGCCACCCUCUUGCUACCCCAUGGAUUUUUCUGUAGAUCCGCCCCUGAAAUUACUUUUUGUCUAUAGGACCCACAGUUACUGAAAUUGCUCUUUGUAUAUUGUGUUUACGGUAUCUGACUGAUGGAGUAAAAUCACACGACUAGACCCCAGAGACCCCCUCCUCCCCUGCACAUAGUGAUCGGCAUUGAUACAGCAGCGCCGGUAGGGGCGGGGCAGCACUGCAGCAGUGCGCUUCUCGAGCUGUCUCCGGUAAUGUUCCAUAGGAUACACACGCCCCUCUCCGCCCCUGCCGCGAGACAGGUGGUUGGACUGUAUGCCUUCAUCCUCGAGCGCUCCCCCUUAGAAUAAGAAAAAAAUAUCCGUUGGCAGCGGGGAAGGGUCGGUUGGCGCGAGCGCGUCCCCGAUGGACUUCCAGUGUGUGACCUCCGCGAUCACCGGGCGGACAGUGGGAGAGGGGGGCAGCAACCGGAACGCACGAGGAGAGCCCCGCCGAUCUACUAACAAAUGUUUUCCAGCGAAUUGCUCGAGCUGCUGUUCACGGGAGCGGGUCUACCGACAGAGGAAUGAGAUGCACGAGUAAAAAGUUGACACGAUUUUGGUGGGAAUUUUCAUCCGAGAGGCGGCGGGAUCAUUUCUGACUAUCCUCCGGUCUUGGAAGUUCCCCUGGGGGGGUGGUUUCAUUAUGGCUUCAGGCGCCGGUAAGGCUGCACAGCCCCCCGGGCCGGGCUCCACCGUUAACGGGACUGCGGCAGAGUUCCCGAACAUCGAGCAGGAGCUGUACGACUACCAGAUGCACAGCAAGAUGUGCAAGAAGAUCGCUCAGCUUACCAAGGUGAUUUACUCUCUGAACAUGAAGAAUGAGGAGCAGGAGGCGGCUCUGCAGGCCUUGAGCCAAGCCCAUCACGAGGAGCUGCACCGCAUCUUGAUGGAUACGUGUCAUGAAGGGGAGGGGUCAGUGCUGAGGACACGCCUCCUUGAACUGCAGGUGUCUCUGGAUGAGCAGCAGAGAGUUGGAGCCCAGGUGCAGGCAGACUUCGAGUGCUUCCGCAUCCAGGCAGAGGAGAGGGAGCGUGAAACCGAGGUGGAGCUGAGAAAAAGGUUUGAGGAGAGGCUCCAGGCAGCAGAGGAAGAGCUCCAGGAGGCCAGGGUCCAGAUCAGCGCUGCCCAGGAGGAGAGCCUGAGGUUGAGCAAAGAACUGGAGAAGGCAGAGGAGCAGAUCCAGGAGCUGGAUGCCAAAUGUGAGGAGCUGCAGACAGCUGUUGAUGAGGAUAAGAAAAGGAAAGAGGAGAGACAAAGAGAAGAUGAGGACAAAAAGAAAGAAGAGGAGGAGAGACAAACAGAAGAGUGUCAGGACUUGGAAAGAGUAAAAGCACUCUUAGAGGAGGUGAAGGCACUGAAGGAGGUGAGGGAUCGAAUAGAGGAGAAGAACAGGCAAACGGUGAAAGAGGAACGGGAGCGAUGGGAGCAAAAGAUAAAUGAUCUAAACGAGGAGAAGGAGGACAUGAGGAAGAAGAUGGAGGCAGAAUGGAGGGAGGAGCGGCAGAGGUGGGAGGAAAGGGAAGAGGAGGAGAAGAAAGGAAUGCACAGCGCUUUGAGAGAAAGGGUGAAGAGGGCUGAAGCAGAGGUGGAAAGUCACCUGGAGAGGCUGGCUGAGAGCAAGAGGAACACGGUGAAACUGCAAGAGCGAAUACAGGACCUGGAGGAGGAGCUGGAGCUGGAUCGGAGGCGUGUGUCUGAGGCAGAGGGCGUGGCUAAACGGGCGGAGGAGGAGCUGGCGGUCGCCAAGGAGAGGCUUCUGCUGCAGGAAGAUGAGCUGCAGAGCAGAGCAGAGGAGCUGCUGAACCGCGGAGGCUGUGAGGUGUGUGUGUGCACUGAGGUGGAGGAACUGAGGAGCCAGGUGAGCCGUCUGCAGAGCAGGAACAGAGAGCUGGAACUACAGAGUAGUGGCAGAAAUAGUGACCAUGCCCGGCAGAUACGCCAGCACGCUGAGGCCCUGUCCAGUUUGCGUUCGGAGAUGGUGAGAGCCCAGACAGAGGAGCUGCGUCGCAUCCAAAAGCAUGCAGAUGAUGAUAGGGACAAACUGCAAAAGGAGAUAGACAAAGAAAGAGAAAACCUACAGAGGGAGAGGGAGCAAGAAAAGGAUCAUUUGGAAAAGGAUAGAAACAGACUGCGCAGGGAGAGAGAGGAGGAGAAGGAAGGGCUGCACAAAGAAGUGGAAGAGAUCAAAGAGCGCCUGCGAAGAGAAAAGGAGGAAGAGGUGGAUCGACAGCGCAAAGAACUGGAAGUCGAGAGGGUUCGUGUUCGUUCCCAGUUGGACAAGAACAUUGAGCAGGUCGAGGCGGAGAGAGCCAACGUGCAGCAGAAGCUGGAGGAGGAGAAGAAGAGGUUGGUGGAGAAGGCCGAGGAGGACAGGAAGCGGUUGAAGGAGCAGGUUCGGAAGGCAAUAGAGGAGGUGAUGAGGAGACACGCAGCCGAACUACACAGCGUCCAAGAAGCUUUGAGCUCAGAGAAGAAGACCAACCAAGAGGUGUGUGCACGUUUGGAAGAGGAGAGGAGAACCGGUGAGGAGCUACGCAGUGGGCUGGAGAAGGAAAGAGAGGAGCUGAGAACAAAACUCAAAGAUGCUACUAAUGAGAUCUGUCGGCUGGAAUCAGCCAUCCAACAGCAAGAGAAGAAAGACAAGGUGACGCCCGAAGCUGCACCCUCGUGUGGACCGCACAGCUCUCGUCUGGAAGAAGAGCUUCAUCAGACCCGGAGUCGACUUUCUCGGAUUCAGGAGGACGCAGAUAAGCAGUGGGACAGGCAGCAGAGAGAGAUAGCCUCCCUGAGAGCUGACAAACACCGGCUGGAGGAGAAAGUCCUGGAACAGAGCCGACUGAGCACGGAGAGGAGCCUUCUAGAGCAGAGCCAGCGGCACACCGAGGACCGGAUCAGGGCAGAGUGUGAGGAUCGUCUCAGAGCAGAGUUCAGGAUAGAGAUGAAUGCUGCAGUUGCAGAGAGUGAACAGAGAUGGCAGAACCGGGAGCAGGAGCUGGAGACCCAGAUGUCUGAGCUGCAGAGUCAACUGACCGAGGUGGAGAAAAAGAAGGCAGGCCAGGGAGAUGAUUGCCACGGCAACCCCGAAAUUGACAAGCUGCGGAAGGAGGUCCAAGACACCAAGGAGAUAAACAAAAAGCUGAGGGAGCUGCUGCAGGAGCCCCAAACCCAGUCUUUAGCUGAUGAGAGGCACAGUCACGCCAUGGCUCUGCAGACGUUAGAGAGACAGGCGAAAGAAGAUCUGCUGUCUGAGAGGAACAGACUACAGACAAUGAACCACCUGGAGCUAGAUAAGCAGCGCGCAGAGUUAACCCAACAGCACACAGAGUGGAGCAGACAGAUGACCCAGAGACACAUGCAGCAGAUAGAAGACCUACAGGCCCAGCUACAGGCACACACACAGAUGAUGGCUCUGCAACAGGAUUUGAAGCAGCAGAACCAGUACCAGGUGUUUGAGCGACAGCUGGAUGAGAGUCGCUGUGCCGUGCUGGAGCUGCAGAGAGAGAAUGCAGCUCUCAAGAAGCAAUUAAAGGAAAAAUCAAUACAGAAGAAUCCUGAAACUGAAGAGAAAGAAGAGGAAAGUGCAGAACUGAGGAAGAAGAGAGACGCCCAACUCGAAGAAGAAGCACAACGUCUGAAAGAGGAAGUGGAGAAACUGAGGGUGGAGAUGGAGAAACUGGAGGAGUCACAGAAACACUGGGAGGAGAAGAAAGAGGAGGACGUAAAAGAAGAGGAGGAGGACGAGGAGAAGAAGAAGGAGCGGGAGGAGGAGAAGAUGAGAGAGGAGGUGGAGGAGAUCAGGAGGGAGCACAAGAAGGAGAUGCAGAGUUUGGUGUCUGAAUACAGCAGCGCCCAGACGCACCUGCAGGCGCGAAUAGUGGCCUUGGAGAACGAAUUUAACUGCAGGCUGCGUGAGCGGGAGGAACGGUGCAGGAGGAGGGAGCCUCGCUGUGAUGACCUGCAGUUGGGGAGACUCCAGGAGAGACUGACUGAGAGAGACCAGCUCAUUAAACGAUUAGUGGAAGAGAGGCAUCAGCUGCAGCUCCACCCUCCCGUUGCUGGGGACAGCAGCACCCUCAGGCUCCGUGACAGCAAGUCCCGCCCCGGGAGCGUCACGCCAACCAUGAGGAGGAAGCGUGUGGAGUCUCCUCCCCGUGUCACCAGCAUCCCCAGCGCCGGUACUUAUGACAGGAGCAUCUUCCUCCCCCACUCCUCCUCAUCGUCUUCCUCCUCCUCUUCCGUCCAUCAGCACUCCUCCUCAACCCUCCCCCACCAGUCCACCUCCCACCCUCAGACCUCCGCCCACUACUCCACCUCCUCUCUUCCACACAAGCACACUUCCCUCUCCCUCAGCCAGCAAUCCUCCCCCUCCCUCUCUCGCUCCACCAGAUCCCGGACCUCCUGCAUCCCUCCAACCCCAGCACCCACCGCCCCGCUCCCCGUCUGCCCGUCACCGCAGACUGGUAUCCGAUAUGUGUCCCCCUCCUGCCAGGAGCCCCAUGCACACCUGCAGGCCCAAUCAAUCAGGGGCCCGUAUCUGGAGCCGAGGGGGACAGAGGGGCUGAGGCAGGAGUGGUUCACCAAAUACUUCUCCUUCUGAGCACAAACACAGACAUGAACACACACACAGCAGCUGCAAGUACAUCUUCUCGUAUACAGUUCAUUGCUUCUUAUACACAUCCGUUUGCUUCCACACAGACACACACACACAAAAUAAUUAUAACAGACAGACACGCACACACCCAAACAGACAUAACAACAUUAACAAACAUAUGGGCUCAUCACCAGCAAGGCCAUCUCAAAUGUCACCUCAAAGCUCAACCAAAAAGUGCUUCUCAAACACAUGCCUGACCUCUUCUCAGAACAUAGGCCUGCCGGAUCUUGUUUGUAUAGUUGGGAAUGUCUCCAUAUGUGUUUUUUUUAAAGCAGUCUUCCUUUUUUUAAUGCAACUUUUGCUCUAAUCUCAUCACAUGGUUAUUCCAGGCAAAUGUACAUUUCCUAAAAUCUACAACCAAGUGUGUCUUUGAGUAUGGAAGCAUUCGACAUAUUCAAUCAAGAUCCUUGUCAAGACGGACACACACGACUCACCAUACCAAAAUGAAGCUUGUUUCAAUGCAAAAAUGUAUAAUAAUCUUAAUGAACAAAUUGAAUAAAAUAUUUUGUUUUUGUA